AUGUCUCAACAUGUCGGCCUGACACGGCUGGCCUACUCCCGAGUAUGGCACUCUGUCUCCGCGUCCGCGCCUCACCAGACCCUCACCACCAAGCCGGGCGUGACGCCGCCGUCCCUGGGCCGCCUGGCGUCGCGAAUCGCCGUUCUCCUGAUGGGCAAGAACAAACCCAUAUUCGACCCGUCUACCGACUGCGGCGACUACGUCGUUGUAACGAACUGCGCGGCGCUGCACACAACCGGGCACAAGAAGUGGAGGAAAAUGUACUACAGACACACGACGCGGCCGGGUAGCCUCAAGGCUCUCACCAUGGACGCCCUGAUGGAGAAGCAAGGAGGCAGCGAAAUUCUGCGGAAGGCGGUCCGGGGCAUGCUGCCCAAGAACAGGUUGCGCGACAAGAGGCUGGCACGCCUGAAGGCGUUUGAAGGCGACGCGCACCCGUACAAGCAAAACUUGAUACGGUUCGGCGGCGUUGUUGUGGGCAGUGAGGGCUGGGACAAGGCCGUCCAGGUCCUGCGGCAAAAGGACACGGAGAGAUUAUGA